UCUUGCUUUAGGGCUGGGAAUUGUGGGAGGAGGGCCUAGGCCCUGCUGGAGACUCCACUUAGUGUCAGGACCCCAGGAAGCAGCCCUCCAUCUGGCCAUAGGGACACUGGGUUGUGGCAUUUCUCUAGCUGCUCCUCAGGGGGAAGAAGGGCCCCCUGGGGCCUAUAGGCUUUGCCCCUGACCCUGGGGGUGCCCAGCUCAGGCCUGCCCCAGUGGCCACAAGUCAGAGGGGCUGUAAAUUUUUAACUAGACACAUUGAUCAUUAACAGGGGGGUGGAAGGAGUCCAGGCUCAGCCUCCCUCUGGGGCACAGACCAGCUGGGCCUCAGGCCUCCCGCAGAGAUGCUAGGCCCUCGGGUCUGGUCUUCUGUGAGGCAGGGACUGAGCAGGGGCUUGUCCAGGAACAUGAGGGGCUGGGCCUCAGGGGCGGGGAAGAAGGUGGACAUCGCAGGCAUCUACCCUCCUGUGACCACCCCCUUCACUGCCACUGCAGAGGUGGACUAUGGGAAACUGGAGGAGAAUCUGCACAAACUGGGCACCUUCCCCUUCCGAGGCUUCGUGGUCCAGGGCUCCAGUGGCGAGUUCCCCUUCCUGACCAGUGGUGAGCGCCUGGAGGUGGUGAGCCGUGCGCGCCAGGCCAUGCCCAAGGACAAGCUCCUGAUAGCCGGCUCCGGCUGCGAGUCCACCCAAGCCACGGUGGAGAUGACGGUCAGCAUGGCCCAGAUCGGUGCUGAUGCUGCCCUGGUGGUGACCCCUUGUUACUAUCGUGGCCGUAUGAGCAGUGCGGCCCUCAUUCACCACUACACCAAGGUUGCCGAUCUCUCUCCAAUCCCUGUGGUGCUAUACAGUGUCCCAGCCAACACCGGGCUGGACCUGCCUGUGGAUGCGGUGGUCACACUUUCCCAGCACCCGAAUAUCGUGGGCAUGAAGGACAGCAGUGGGGAUGUGACCAGGAUCGGGCUGAUUGUCCACAAGACGAGGAAGAAGGAUUUCCAGGUGUUGGCUGGAUCGGCUGGCUUCCUGCUGGCCAGCUAUGCCUUGGGAGCUGUGGGGGGCGUGUGUGCCCUGGCCAACGUCCUGGGGGCUCAGUUGUGCCAACUGGAGCGACUCUACCUCACGGGGCAAUGGGAAGAUGCCCAGAAGCUUCAGCACCGCCUCAUUGAGCCAAACACUGCGGUGACCCGGAGCUUCGGGAUUCCAGGGCUGAAGAAAACCAUGGACUGGUUUGGCUACUACGGAGGCCCCUGCCGUGCCCCCUUGCAGGAGCUGAGCCCCGCCGAGGAGGAGGCACUGCACAUGGAUUUCACCAGCAAUGGCUGGCUCUGAGGGCAAGCAGGGGACACUCCUGGGCUGAGCCCAUCUCAGCCUCCUGCAGAGGGGGCAUGGGGGGCUUGGGGGUUACAGGCUUCUUUCCCUUCAGUCCUCGAGGUUGUCUUUCACCAGGCGCUUCCAGGCACAACUCCUAUUCUCAUAGCCCCGUGACUUAUCCCAUUUGGAUACUAAACUCUGAGUCUCUAGAGCCCUUCCUACUGGGAAGGAGCAAUUUCUUACCUGUAUCUCUCCUAUGGAUGCUUUCUGAUGCCCCAAGGCACAUGAACCAGGAGCCAGAGGGAAGAGCGG